AUGCUUGGCGGAGGAGGUGGUUGUGGCGGAGGAGGAUGUGGGGGCGGUUGUGGAAGAAAGAAGCGAUCGGUAAGUUUAAUUUUUUCGCAAUGUACUCACUUCGUUUUCAAAAUAAAAAAAUGAAGAGUUGAAUAAAAACUGUUUGGUCCAAUGGGACGAAACACUGCGUAACCAAUCUGACAUUCAAACAUCAUUUGGAUUUUUUUAGGUAUUAGAACCUCAACUCAAAACAGAAUUGUCAUCCGAAUGUCCUCAAUCAGCAUGGAAGGCUGUUAUGGACAGAAACAUGUCAGAAGACCUUGAUUCCACGAAGAUUGCGAUUCAGAGUGAACUGUACCGGCAGUAUGAGUCCAAGUUUAUUGUCAUUUGUGGCGACAAAUCAAUCAAAAGUUCUCAAAGAUUUGCAAGUAGUGGAGAAGGUUACUGUGCAUCUGGAAAUGAUAAGGUUUAUUGUAUGGCGAUACUCAUGUUGGGUUAG